UUUUGAGCAGGGCUGGCUGUGGCCUUGGCCUGCAUUUCCCCCCCUCUGAAAAACAAAAAAACCCGAAACAAAACAAAAACAAAACAAAUGUUUGACGUCCCAAUUUCGGGAGCUCAGCCGAAAACUAAUCAGGGCCUUGACGGAAGCCGGGACACGAAACAAAGCAAGGCACCACUUCUAAAAUGAAACAGUCUUGCCAGGAGACUCAGCUGGAUCAAACACAGGCACAGAGGAAGCACUGCUCCAUUCGUUUAUUCUUCAAAGAUUUCUUCUGUCAAGAAAAUCUGGUCAGCUAUCGGUGCUUGCUGUCCAUUCUGUUUCUUCAGAGACCUGCUCAUCUGCCUCUGCCCUCCACACAAUGUUGAUUCUCUCCUGUCCUUCCAAAUUGCGGCUGCUGGAGGGGAUAUUGAGGAAGUGCCUCCCUCAAACACUUGUGGUCCAUGGUGCAGUAAUGAACAUAAACCGUGGGAACCCGGCUGGUCAUGAGGUGAUUGUGGAUUCCUGGCCCAAUUUCAAAGCGGUGCUCACCCGGCCACAAAGAGAGGUUGUCUCUGAUGACUCUGAUUUUUAUGCCAAUGUGUAUGCAGCAUUUUACCAAGAUCUUGCUGUGUACCAGAAUCUGGUGCUGAACACAGAUGCUGUUAACUGGCUGCAACGCUUCCGUAUCCAAGGGAACCAGGAUGGCAUAUAUCGAGUAUCCAAACUUGCUGCUGCUAUCAAGAAUGUGCCACUGUCAGCAACUUCUUACAUUACCUAUACACACUCCGACCCAAAUAAAUUAAAUGAGUACCAGUUAGAUCCUGGCUUCACAGUGUCCACCCUGAAUGCCUCUCAUGUUGACCUGAUGGAUGAAACAUGGGCCUAUGGGGGCAGUGAACAAAGUCAUAGGUACCUAGCCAGCCUGGUGCAGCAUUUCUUCAGUUCUUGCAUCCUAGAUCCCAAUGGUCAGCUUAUCAGUUGGUGUGUCAUGGAUCCUCUUGGGGCUACAGGUGUUGGCUACACCCUGCCUACACACCGUGGGAAGCACUACGCAGCUGUGGCAGCAAGAGCAUUAAGUAUAAGAGCCCAUACUGCUGGCUACCCUAUAUAUGGACAUGUCGCACUCAGCAAUGUCCAUAUGAGAGAGAUACAAGAGCGUCGAGGCUAUCAGAAAUUACCUGAAUUGUGCCAUAUUUGUACCCAUGCUGAUGUACAGAUAUGAGAGCAAGAACAAGAGAGGACUUGUCUGUAAGUUUGUCUGGCCACUGUCACAUAGUCCUUCUCACCAUAACUCUGUCAUCAGUCUACAGGUGAGAGAUAAUUUAGUUUAAGAGCUAAUUUCUUUAGCUGUACAGAUACUUGUAUUGAUUUCUGAAGCAGUGUAUGUAAAGUCUUAUCUUCAUCUGAUCACAUUGUACUCCAAUAACCAAUAAAGACCAGUUUUGUUAAA